GUCAGAAGAUUUCUGCAGAGCAAUACUGAAGUACUGUAACAUUUUCUUGUCUGCUAACUGAGCUGUUCAGCUGCCAGCCUUCCUGUUGCACCCAUCAGGGACCCAUCUGACCUCAAAGCAUCAUGCUCACCAGGAAAAUUAUUCUUCUGUUCUCUCUGUUUGUCCUGCUUGUAAAGGGAGACUUUGAUACCAAUGAUGUGGGAAGUCAAGCCAUAUCGACAGAUAAGGAUUCACUGUCUGAUGAAGCUCCUACAGAGAGCAUGAACGUUGUCUCUCCUGACCAGCCUGAUGAAUCUCAGUAUUAUGGUGGAGGACCAUCAGACACAAGCAGCACCAGUUCAGAGACAGCAGACACUCCUGCAGCAGAGCAAGUUGCAGCUCCUGAGCCUGCUGCAGCCGCUCCAAGCAGUACAGAGGAAGAGGAUGAAGAUGAAGGAAAUGACUCUGACGAAAGAGCAAAGAAAAAGUUCAGCUCUCGUUCAGCGAAACCUCCAAGCCCCGCCCACAACAACCAGAGCCCCGCCCACAUGGUUCAGAUCCCCGCCCUCCCGCCUCAGCCUGUCGCCUCCCAGCCCAAAAGUCUGCAGAGGACCCGGUCGUCCAAGAGACGGUCCAGAACCAACCGCCGUCAGACACAAUAAAACAACCCAGAAACAUGUAACUCACCCAGAAACGAUGUUUUGAACAGUAAAGAGGAAACACUUUGGUGCUUUGGUUUAUAUUCACCUCCAGUCUCAAAAGUUAGAAACUGAAACCGACAGUUUGAUUGGACGAACACAGACCUCAGUCAGACGCUUCUGGAACACGCCGUUUCAAUCACAGCUGUGAAACAUGAAUUGAUGAAUUUGUUGACAUGUUUUGAUGCAUUUGAAGCUGAUAGUAAAUGAAGAUGAUCUACAUAAUUACAAAAAAAUGCUUUGUGACACUUUAAAUUCUAAAUUAGGGCUUUUGGUUGCAGAGACUCUCUGGCCUCUGGUGUGUUUUUAUCUUAAGGAUUUGGGCCUGUGGACUUCAGCAGACCUCAGAGUAUUAAAUCUGCUCAGUUUUGUGAUUUUGUUUUUAUCAUUCUUGUAAAUGUUUGUGAAACCAUUAAACAUGUCGCUUCUAUUGUUCCUUUUAUCAUAUUUUAUGAAGGUUAAAUAAAACUCCUUUGCCUGUCAGAAACCAAACAUUACAAGCAUUGAAAAAUGAGAUGUAAUAAAUAUCAGAUUAAUCUA